AUGGGCCGGCUGAUAAGUCCGAAGAGGCUGGCGGACCCGGUUCAGCACAAGAUCCACCAGGACUGGGCCAACCGCGAGUACAUUGAGGUGACCACCAGCUCCAUCAAGAAGAUCGCGGACUUCCGCAAUUCCUUCGACAUGUCCUGCCGCUCGCGCCUGGCCACGCUCAAUGAGAAGCUGACGGCGCUGGAGAGGUCGAUCGGAUACAUCGAGGCCCGAGUAACAGAAGGUGAAACACUGAAACGGGGUGGCGGAGGCUGUCAGGGAGCCAGCCUGGGGGGAAAUGUGCAGCUGUUUAUGAAGCUGACGAUCCGACAUCAAGUUUCUUCAUUACUUGAUAUGGAUGGGAGUUAUGCUCGUCUCUGCCCCUUGGGAAGCUGCACUCCUCGUCUGGAGCCUGUGACUUUGCGCAGGUGAUUUCCACCUGAAAUGGCUAAAU